AUGGUUCGAGGGGAUCCAUCCAAGAUGAUAAAGGGAGUGGAGAUGAUUAAGAUGAUUAAGACCAAGAUGAUGAAGGGAGUGGAGAUGAUUAAGAUGAUUAAGAUGAUUAAGACCAAGAUGAUGAUGGAUGUCCCCAGAGACCUACCAGUUCUCAUCAUUCAAAUCCAGUACCAUGGGCAUCUCGUUGCCCAAAAUCUAAGUGGCUCCAUCCCCCAGAGUCACCGUGAGGUUCUCUGGCCUGACACUGACUGUUUUUCAGAGGUUGCCUAUUCCCAGAGCACCGGCCAGAAGGAGCAGCUGAGCCGCUGCCUGCAGCGAGGGAUCAGGAGGGUCCAGGAUCUCUGUAAAGUCCUCCAGCUCCCAACAGUGUUUGAGGAAACGGCGGUGUCGUACUUCCAGAGAGCUCUGCAGCACCCCUCCUUCCACUUGGUCAGUCUGGAGAGGAAGGAGCUCCUGGGAGGCUGCUGCGUCUUCGUGACUUGUCGACAGCACAACUGGCCCCUGACGAUGGGGACGAUCUGCUCCCUCCUGUACGCGAAGCAGGACCUGUUUGCCAGCGUCUACCUGAGCCUUCAGAAAGAGCUCGAGCUCUCUGUGCCAGCCCUGAGCCUGGCAGAUCUGGUGAAGACACACCUGAACAGUUUUCGGCUGUUCCAGCACGCAGCUGACAUCCCUGCUCCAUUUGUGGAGGACAAAGAGAAGAUGAUCACCCGAACAAUGCAGAUCGUGGAGCUGGCCAGUGAGACGUGGCUGGUCACUGAAAACGCCUUCUGCCUGGAGGAUGAGGAGGAGCAGCGUCCUGCGGCUCUGGCCGAGGGCUCCCCUGGCUCUGCCCCGGCAGCAGGAGGGGCAGAGCAGGAGAAGGACUGUCCCUCCAAAGGGAAACACCAGCGUGGGGGCAGCCCCAGGCCCCUGCUGCCACCCUGCCUCAUCAACCCGAGGAAGAGGCUGCGGACGGCAGCCCCGAGUGCUUCGGACUCUGCGGUCACCGGCGACGAGCCCAUCUCUGACAGCGAAAUCGAGCAGUACCUGCGGGGCCCCGAGGAGAUCCAGGCCUUCAGGAAGGCCAAGGCCUGGCCGUGA